AUGUCGAGCACCACUACCAACAAUACCUGCAUCAUCUACGGCACCGGCUGCGCUUCUCCUACCAACCUACCGUCCUAUAUCGACGAUCAAGCCUGCCUCUGCGGCCUCCUUGAGUCUCGCUCGUCACUGCCUAACAACGGCGAGCACAUUGAGCUCUGGCGCUGUAUUGGGAACGCAUCGGAUAACGUUGAAGAUGGCGGGAAUGGCAAGUGGUACAAUACCAGUCUUCCGAGUCAAGAGCUAUCGGGCAUCAACCAGCCUCAGAACUGGGGUGAGAAUCCGCCAGACUUGAGUCAAGCAUACGUGCUCCAGGACGAGAAUGGUCAAGCCGUGUAUGAGGAAUUGGGAUCGGCAGGCUCAAUCAACUUGAUCGGUUCGGAUAAGGAUUGCACUGGGAUCAACGAUACAUCUAUGUCUGAACAGUAUUAUGCAAGAGGAAACGGUGUUCCGAAGUCGUCGUCCACGAGUACCUCUCUGAUGCCGACAGCACAGUCUGCGACCAAGACAUCUGCCACGGAAUCUACAAUGCAAACUGCAUCGCCCUCAGCGGCCGCUGCACCACCAAAAGGGGACAACAAAUCGUCCGCCAUACAUCAGGUUUCUCUGAAGUCUACAUUUCUUUUGGGAAUGGUCCUUGCACCACUACUGUUUGGGCUACCAGUGUAA